GGGCUGACGCAGCUGGGGGAACUCUUCCUCAGCAACACUUUCCGGUCCGCGACUCCGCCCCCACCGAAGGGGCUAGGCUCCAGGAUUCAAGAUGGAGUCUCUAAGUAGAGCUGGGCAGGAGAUGAGUCUGGCGGCCCUAAAGCAACACGACCCCUACAUCACCAGCAUCGCAGACCUCACGGGCCAGGUCGCUCUGUACACCUUCUGCCCCAAGGCUAACCAGUGGGAGAAGACUGAUAUAGAAGGGACCUUAUUUGUGUAUCGAAGGUCAGCUUCGCCUUACCAUGGUUUCACCAUUGUGAAUCGACUGAAUAUGCAUAAUCUAGUUGAACCAGUGAACAAAGAUCUGGAAUUUCAGCUCCAUGAACCAUUUCUUUUGUAUAGAAAUGCAAGCUUGUCAAUAUACAGUAUCUGGUUUUAUGACAAGAAUGACUGUCACCGCAUAGCAAAACUCAUGGCUGAUGUGGUAGAAGAGGAGACUCGGCGAUCCCAACAAGCUGCUCGGGAUAAACAAAGUCCCAGCCAGGCCAAUGGCUGCAGUGACCACAGACCCAUCGACAUCCUGGAGAUGCUGAGCAGAGCCAAGGACGAGUAUGAGAGGAACCAGAUGGGUGACUCCAACUUCUCCAGCCCUGGAUUGCCGCCAGGCCCUCAACUCUCCAAUCUGGGAAGCACCGAGACUCUGGAAGAGACACUCUCCGGGUCACAAGAUAAGUCGGCUCCAUCUGGCCACAAACAUCUGACAGUGGAAGAGCUAUUUGGAACUUCUUUGCCAAAGGAACAGCCAGCAGUCAUGGGUCUGGAUUCAGAAGAAGUGGAGAAGCUGCCAGGAGAGACCUCCCAGAAAGAACCCAGCCCCUUCCUACCGUUCUCCUUCGAGCAAUCAGGAGGGGGGCUUCCAUCAGAAAACCUGGGUGUCCAUUCUGCUGCCCACCGCUUAGUCCAACCUGAAGUCCCUACCCAGGUGCUCAUCACCCCUGCCUCCAUCUCACACUCCAGUGAAAAGCAUACCCCCAACUACACAAUCCCGUUGAGCCCCGUUCUCAGCCCCACUCUGCCUGCCGACACCCCUGCUGCCCAGAUUCCCCCCAGCCUAUCUCAGAACAACACUAUGAUACAGGCAGUGAAAACCACACCCAGACAGAGGUCUCCACUAUUGAACCAGCCUGUCCCCGAGCUGAGCCACCCCUGUCUGAUUGCCAGCCAGAGUCCUUUCAGGGCCCCAAUGAGCGUGCCGAACCCAACUGGCACAUCCCUCCCAAGCGUUGACCUUCUGCAGAAACUCAGGUUGACCUCACAGCAUGACCAAAUACAGACACAGCCACUUGGGAAAGGUGCAGUGGCGCCCAGCCUGUCCUCAGCAGCUGGCCAGCUGGCCACACCUGAAAGCUUCAUAGAGCCCCCCUCGAAGACAGCAGCAGCGAGAGCAGCAGCCUCAGCCUCCCUGAGCAACAUGGUGCUUGCUCCCCUUCAGUCUAUGCAACAAAACCAGGAUCCUGAAGUCUUUGCCCAGGCGAAGGUGUUAUCCAGUGCCAUCCCGGUUGCAGGCUCCCCACUCGUUACUGCAACAACCACGGCAGCAUCUUCAGUCCUGCUGUCCCCAAGUGUUUUCCAGCAGACGGUUCCAAGGUCCAUAGAGCUUGAGAGGAAAGCCAGCUCCCCUUCUCCUCUCACUGUCGGAGCAGCAGAAAACACAAGGAAGCCUUCCAUUAUUCUCAGCAGGGCUCAGCUGCAGGACACACUAAUUCAUCUGAUCAAGAAUGAUUCCAGCUUCCUCAGUACACUUCAUGAGGUCUACUUGCAGGUUCUGACCAAGAACAAAGACAACCACACCCUUUGACCAGAGCGGAAUAAGUCUGAAGGCAAUGACAACCUCAAACCAGUAGGCUGCAUCCUGGAAAGUCCUCAACAGAACAUGGAAUUUUGAGAAUCCUGAAAUUGAGCCUAUGAGAAAAAGACUCAUCUCUCCAGAAUGUUUUCCAAAGGACGUGCUCAGUGAUAAUGGAGGCUUCACUGUGAAGCAUCACCAGCAGACCUUUGUUUUGGCAAAAAAAAACAAACAAAAAAAAAGAGCCACCAUUGUAUUAAGUUCUGUGACUGUUUUCAUCAGCUGUAAGCAACUGUGUGAAGUAAGGAGUCUGAUUGCGGCUUGCUUUCCUGGAGGACGUGAGGAGGCACCAUCAGCAGCCGUGCAGCAGAGCUUGGCCAGCCCCGUCUCUCUCCUCCGGAACCGGCGCCGUUGGCGGAUCACCAGUUCUGAGCAGAGCAGCAGUCAGCUCUGCAAAGUAGCAUUGAUUUUUAAGGAUCAGAGUCUCAGCUGGCAGAUUAGGAGAUACUUGUUCAAGUGGAGUCUGUUUCGUAGGAAUGAAUGCCCCAUUUGGGCCUUAACAGUAGAAAAAUGUCUGCCUGGUGUCUAAGUGUCCCGACUCCUGCCCCGCAGCCCGUCCACAGCACACUGCCCUCUGAACGGGGCCUGCCAGGCUGCGGCUGUGUGGGAUCAGACACGCCACACCCGUGGAGCAGGGGCUUCACUCAGUGCCUCUGACUCCUACCAGACACCUGCAGUAAGGCAAAACCCUCCAGUGGUUUCAGAAAUGUUUGUGUGAAGCACAGCCUUGUUUUUGCUUCUCUGUCUCUACACAACUAGUCGUUGUUGAUAAUUUUCCUAACACUUUUGACAAAAGGACCAGUGGACCAAUCCGACAAAGCCAUCCUGGUUCCAUUCCUGGCGUGUCCUAAGAAUAGUUUUGAAGCUAUGCAGAAAAGGGAGCUGUUAUUCACACUGCCCUUACUUUGUUACAGAAAAUGGAGAUGAAAGCGCGAGACUGAGAACUUGACCCUCGGCUGAGAGUGCUUUCCCAGCCCACAGUGUGAAAACAUGUAAGAUGCUUUGUUAUGCUGCUAUUGCUCUGCCAUGAUUUAUAUUUAUUCUUUUAUGGCAUGUAAUGGUGUUUAGUAAUAUUUUAAUGUAGAUUUUGAUUUAUUUCAGCAAUAGUAAUUUUAAGAUAUUCUUCAAAUGAAAGUGUCUUCGUUUCUAUGAUACAGGUCAUUUUGUAGUAUUUAACCGGUUAAGAUGCACUGCUUACUUUUCUGAGCACUAUUUAAUCAUAGGGUCAAAACCCAAUCAGCUCCACCAGCUAACAAAAGAUUAGCUGUGGAUAACGCUGACAGAUGUGAUAGUUCCUCGGGAACAGUCAUUAAGCUUUAAUAGUAACCCAAUCAUAAAUCCAUAGAUUAUUUUUUUCCUAUCUGAAAUUUUAGAAAAUUACUUGUGAAAUUUCUUACUUGUUUUAGUUUGUGCAUAGUUUUUUGGUUUUUUUGGUGUUUGGUUUUUUUUUUUUUUUUUUUUUAAGCAUAAAGAAUGUUUUGUUGGAUUGGCUUUUGUUAACAUAAACAUGCUUCCUGGGCGGCAUAUCUGCUUCUCCGGCCAGUGUCCUCCCUUGCUGCCUGCCCAGUUCCAUGGGAAUUGUUCCGAAUUCAGGGAAGCUUACCACAUUCUCAUACUCCACUAGAGAUGAUUUGUCUUCAAAGAUAGUAUGUAGGUUCUGCAACCAAAAAUAAGUAGCUUGUCCAUCACCCAGGAAGGAGGAAACUGUAGUAGGGGAAAGAUGCGGUGUGUUGCUGACCCCAGGAGAUGGCAUCCACGGAGCCCGUGACAGUUGUGAUGAACUGGAUGCACCCCAAGGAGCAGUCCUGGUGGGCGCAUCCAGGGAUGCUUAUUACAAUAAACACUUGCAUUUAAGUGAUGCUUUCUAGUAUGUAUACUGUUAGAAGUCUGUAAUCAGAGCUGUUAAUUUUCACCCUGUACUCCUAAGAAUGAAUAUGAUAGACAGUGAAGAGAUUCUAUGAUAAGGCUUCCUUAGUGUGAAAGUACACUUUUUUAAGUGCCCAAGUCAUGGAGACUUGUAAAAGGUAAACCUGUUUUAGCUCCCAAAUUUAUGUAUAUCCAAAGUAUUUACUUAGGAUUUGGAAACUAAAAGUUCACAGUGUGAUUGCCAGGAGGUUCAGGCCAGCAUUAGUCCCUAGAGAGCCAGUCCCAGCCUGGGUACUUGCAGUUGGGUGGCCUUGGCCUGAAAGUCACAAUUCUGUUGCCUUAUCCACUCCCCCGACACACACACACACACCUUGCCCACCCCCCACCCCUCAAAUUCCCUCCACCACUUCAUACUAGCUUAGGUUGUACAGUGUCUCCUGAAACCUUGGCUCAGUUGAAAUGGUCAGCCAGAUAAAACCCCGGGAGACCUGCAUCUAGACCACUCUGUCCACCUGGGUCUGCCCCCACCCACGGUGGAUCCACCAGCCCAGAGCUUGGAGUACAGCUGUGCGAGGUACAGCCAGAGGGUGGCGCUGCUCUUCUUUUCAUUGUAACUGAUGCGACAGCCUCCAGAGAGCUUUGUUCCUGUUAAGAGUGCCUCUUCCUCGCGCAUCUCUCCCUGGGUUGCUGAGGUGUAGAAGUUGAUUGAGUCCUAAGUUUUCAAGUGACUCCUGGUGCCAAGAGAAACAUCUUUGCUGUCUGCCUGUGAACUGACCACAGCUUGCCUUGAAAGCUUAAGGGUAGUUCCUACUGGGAGCUAGUGAAGUCUUGCUCGGAACCCAAGUCAGGGGGUCGUACUGGCUUAAGUUUAGUGGUGUCUGCCCAGGUUUUGCAUGUAAACAUUUGCUCCUCUUCGGGCCUGCAUUUUUUCUUAUAGGAUUUACACACCCUCAUUAAAUCCACUGCUUAAAUCGUGCAGCUUUAUCACUCCCCUCCCCCUAAGAAUGUAGUUUGAAGUUUUCUCUUUUUGGUAAGUAGAGGCCAUAACUGCCAUCCAAUUACUAAUAAUGCAACAUGAAAUUGAAGGUGCCUAACUGCUUAAAAACACACUCCACCAUCCUGCUGGAACUGUGAGAGGAACUCGGGGGCACUGGCACACGUGGGUGUGUCCUGGGCCAGCGAGGGGACACGGCGCACGGUCCCACAUCCUCACUACACACUGCCCGCUGAGCACAAGUUUCUUUCCUUCCAGCUUUGAUUUUCCUCAGUUAUGUUCAGAGUACCUUAUAGAACCAGCCAUGCCCAGUGUUUAAGAUAAAAGCAAAGUAAAGCAGCUUACGCUGGGCUCAUUACAUGAGCUGUACUGGAGAACAUCUCCUGGAAUGGCCCAGUGCUUUCCGUGGCCUGUUUUGUUCAGCAGCCUCCGAGGACGCCCCGUCUGCGGUGUUUCUCAGUUGUAUGUGACAUCUUCAUUGAAAAUGCUAGGAUGCAAUAUCUUUCACCUUGAGGUGGGGAAAAUGCAAAACCCUGUUUCUCUUUCAUCUGUGCGAUUCCUUAAGAAACAUGUUUAUACAGUGUGCGUUGUGUUUUUUAUUCUGUGUCACUGCUCUGGCCAUGUGGCUGUCGCGAUCUACAUUGUCACCCGACAUUGAGCUCCCUGGAGCGCGGGCCCGUGAGGUCCCGGACUGUAGCCCGGCUUCUGUCCCGCGGGCACAGUACUGCAUCAUUAGCAUUUCUAAUGGUAUGGGUUUUAUACCAUCUGUGUAUGUUUGCAAAGAUUAAGUUAUUACAUGUUUUAAAAUGAGCAUUUUUUCAUCCUAAAUUUUAUAUGUUUGCAAAUAUAUUUUUUUAAUAAAAUUUCAAAACCAAGUUUUAGCACCUACUAAAUUUUAGUCAUGUUUUUAUUUAAUUAGAGUUGGGAGCUUCUGGAUGAAUUGCUGCACUUUGCCGGAGAGACCCCACUCUGGCGAGAGGGGGUGGGGCAAGGGAAUGAGCCCAGCAGAAGCCAGGAACAUUCAUGCGCUGCCUGUUCCCAGCCUGCACCAUCAGGGCUCACCAGAGCCACUGUAGCUGUGACUGCCAGGUCCAUCUGAAGGAGCACAGAAUCAAACUUAGCUUGAAGAUCUUAAGGGACCUCGUCUGCAAUUGGGGAAUCCACACACUUCUUCCUAUGGAAUGGACUGGGUGACCUGUUAGCCACACAUAAAGUUGACCUUACAGACAGAAAAGGGAGCUAAGGAAAUCAGGAGCAGAAAGCAAACAGCACAUUGGUCAUUUCAUGGUGGUUUUCCUAAAGCAGGGGGGACUUCUUACCAUGCCAGCUGAAAUUCCUGGCUUCCAAACAGCCCAGCUCUCUUUCAGAGCUCUCUCUCUGUAACUUUGCCUUUAAAAGAAGGA